AUGAAGCCCUCGCCAUCACUCCCAGCCCAACUCUCAAAUUCUCCAGAGGUCCUGGAGGCCUCUUCGUCCAAUGCUUUGCCUACAAACAGACCAGCGCUCAGUGCAAGCAGUGGCGCCGUUCACACCCAAACGUCUAUGAGCUCGGCCCCGGUUCAUGGCGUACGAAUACGUCCAUCAACGCCCGUAUCACGUACUGAAGCUCCCAGCAACAGCUUGAAGCGACGGCAGAGCAGCUUUGUCGGGACGGUGCACGACCCAGACUCAUUUGUGCCGCCUUACACGCUUCUUGCGAGGCUUGGACUCCUCUGGAACAAAGUAUCAACCUUUUUCAUCUCGUCCACCUUUCUCAUUUUGGUCGUCCUCUGGGCGAGUGCCGACCGACUGGUUCACGCCUUUUCAUAUUGGACAAAGGGAAACAAAACACCGCACAUCUACGCUUGGGACGAGAAUGCAGAGCAUUGGAAGCAGGAAAAGGUUGUCAAGGAUGCAGCGUAUUAUGCUCGUCAGUGUGGGUUUGACAUCAAAGACGAGGAAGUCGAAACUCAAGACGGCUACUAUCUACGUAUGCAUCGUGUGAUCAACCCUCGCCAUCGACCGGGCCAGGACGGCAAAGGCGGCUUUCCCAUUCUUAUCCUUCACGGACUCUUCCAAUCCAGCGGCAGUUUUAUCACGUCCGAAGAGAGAUCACUCGCCUUCUGGCUUUCUGAGCGAGGCUAUCAAGUCUUCCUUGGAAACAACCGUGCGGUGUUCGGAAUGGGGCACCGAUACCUAUCCCGCAAGGACCCUCGAUUCUGGGACUGGACAAUUCGGGAGCUGGCCAUGUAUGACCUACCAGCCUUGGUCGACUGGGUCUGCCUUGCCACCGGGUACGAAAAAAUCGCGUUUAUAGGACACAGCCAGGGCAACGGCCUUGCUUUUCUCUCACUGUCCUUGGGACAUCGACCGGAACUCGGCGACCGUUUGUCAUGCUUUAUCGCGCUGGCGCCGGCAGUGUUUGCGGGUCCUCUGACACAUGGCUUUCCAUUUAACGUACUUCGUAAGAUCAAAUGGAAGAGAUGGCAACGGCUGUUUGGUAAACUGGAUUAUAUCCCGCUCAUGCGCUAUUCCUACGACUACGUGCCCCCUCUCAUCUUCUCGACCAUGGGCUACACUAUGUUCUCGUUUUUGUUUGAAUGGACGGAUACCAACUGGCUACCUCGCAGGAAAAACAAAAUGUUCAGGUUUACACCCACCCCCGUAAGCUCUGCCUCGAUCUUUUGGUGGUGUGGAGAGGGUGGAUUUGCCGAUCGCAAGUGCACAAUGGAUGUCGACCUGCCAAGAUGGUGGGACGAACACUUUCCUCCGUUAGCUAUUUACUACGGCGGUCGUGACUUCCUGGUGCGAGCAGAACCUCUUCUAGAGCGCCUUGAGACCAAGGAGAAGCACAUCAAGGUUAUCCGUGCAGAGAGGCUUGAUCUCUCAGAGCACUGUGACUUUUACUGGGCGGCAGAGGCUGUCGAAUGGUGCUUUUCUUCUAUUGUUGAGGACAUUGAGAAAACGCGACCUGAUGCACCUCUGAUCGACAUCUCGGCAUGA